CCUCGCCCGCCUCCCCGGAGCUGCAGCCCAGCCCGCCCCUCUGCCGAGCGGAGAGAAACCGCGCUGCGAAAAAUUCACAGGAAAGGUUAAGCUCCCUCCUGCUGCUGCUACAUUCAGCUUGGCAUUUGCCUCCUGUGGCUACAUGAAAGUGAAACAAAGACAGCCUCAAAGGAGAGAGAUUCUUGGAACUGCCGCCCACUGCCCCAGUGACUCCAGAGUAACACAACCCAGUCUUAGAAUGGAGAUUUCUUCCCACCAGUUCCAUCUCCUACAGCAGUUAAACGAGCAGCGCAGGCAAGACUUAUUCUGUGACUGCAGCAUUUUGGUGGAGGGGAAGGUCUUCAAAGCCCACCGCAAUGUGCUGUUCGCUAGUAGCGGCUAUUUCAAAAUGCUUCUUUCCCAGUGCUCGAAGGAACCCAGCCAGCCCACCACGGCUACCUUCCAGGCAUUUUCUCCAGAAACGUUUUCGGUGAUUCUGGAUUUUGUGUAUUCAGGCAAACUCUCUCUCACGGGACAGAAUGUGAUCGAGGUCAUGUCAGCUGCCAGCUAUCUGCAGAUGACGGACGUAAUUAGUGUUUGCAAGACGUUCAUCAAAUCUUCCCUGGACAUUAGUGAGAAGGAAAAAGACCGCUAUUUUAGUCUCUCGGACAAGGAGGUGAACUCGAAUGGGGUGGAGAGCUUGUGCAUCUACGGCGCUGGGUGGAGAGCUGACGGCAGCCCGCCCCAUCCACACUUGAGCCCCGACCAAGGCACGUGCAUGGUGAGCGGAAACUCGUGGACCAGUUUCGGUUACUACCCAGCCAGCCAGCGCAGUGCCCAGCAGCUGUCCAAGCAUGACCAACGGCAAGAGCCCCCGGCGAAGACGGGCAGGCACCGGGGGCUGCCGCAGCCACCGGAUGGCCCGCACUACAAGUCCAGCAAGCUCGAGGACCGGACCUCGGAGCCGGCCGGCCAUGCCACGCCCUCUGAAGAAGAUGUCCAGAUCGACUCGGAGGGUGAUUCUGGCCAUGGGAGCUACCAGUACGGCCAGGGAUCUGACCCGGUCCCGAGAGGUGUGUCCGUCUCACAGCAGGAACACGACUCCUCACAUUCCGCUGGCAAGCCGAAAUCUUCCAAAGGGAAUGAGCCGUACGCUAGCAUGUCCUCCGUUCUGGGUGUCAUGGGGAGCUGGGCUGAUGACGAUCUGCCCAGGAUGAGAUUCAAGUGCCCGUUUUGCACUCACGUGGUGAAACGGAAGGCAGACCUGAAGCGCCACCUGCGCUGCCACACCGGAGAGCGGCCGUAUCCGUGCGAGGCGUGUGGCAAGAGGUUCAGCCGGCUCGAUCACCUGAGCAGCCAUUUUCGAACAAUCCACCAGGCCUGCAAGCCCAUCUGCCGGAAGUGCAAGCGCCACGUGACUGAAAUGACCGGGCAGGUGGUCCAGGAAGGGACCCGGCGGUACAGGCUUUGCAAUGAGUGUCUCUCCGAGGCAGGCAUAGACAGCAUCCGCAUCGAUCUGGACACGGAGCCGCCCCCUGAAUUCCCACUGGACGAGGACAAGGAUUCCAGUUGGAACUAUGGCGAAGACAACAGAUCUGAUGUGGAAAUUGUAGAGGACGGUUCGACAGAUCUGGUCAUCCAGCAAGUAGAUGACAGUGACGAUGAAGCCGAAGAAAAAGAUAUAAAACCGAACAUUAGGUAGUCACGAAUGGACUGAUGUCGAUAAAGUUCCCCCUUUAUGUUGUCAUUCCCGUGUCUUAACCAUUGACUCCCACCCAUUGACGCCCCGGCAGCUUUGCCACGUUGGGCUGCAAAGCCUCCUGCCUGAAACCCCGGGAAGUUGCUGCCAGCCAGUGUCAUGAGUCCUGGGCUAGAGGGACCAAGGUUGGCUCGGAGCGGGGCCACUUCCCUGCCCCUGUGCAGUGUACAGCAGAGCUGGGCUCGCAGAGAUACGGCGCCUGCACUUAGGUCCAAGCAGGGGCGGCCCGGUGUCCUCUGCUCUCUCCCACUGGUGGUUCUUCUGGUCCCCCGGAGCGAAGCUGCAGUCCUCACAGGAACCGGAGAGACACUGACUUCCCUGAAAGCAGCCUGUCACCAGCUGGUGUGAGGCCAGCCGCGUGGGACGGCUCGGUCUUGCGCGGGCAACGACGAGCCAGUGCCGAUGCAACAGGCCUCCUGCUGGACUUGGUUGCUUGAGGUGCAUCCGCGGAGCUGCUGGAUUUCUUGGACUCUUCCUGGGGGUGGGGCCACGGCAAGUGUCACGGUGAGCACCUGCCCUUCCCAGUGCACCGCUGCACCGUGACUGUGGUGCCCUAAGCGGCUUGUGGGUCACACACAAUCUAUUAUAUAGGCUUUUCUAUGACUUGGGCUAAACUUGCAUGCAUUUAUGGACAUGCCAUUGUGUCUAUUUUGAAUUUAGUUACUCAGAAGUAUCAAUAUUUUGUUGCAUAAAGAAGAAUCCAUCCCAAGAUGGUAUCAUGUAUGAACAAUUAUUUGCUGAACCGCACCAAUUAUAACUUUUGAUAGUAUAAAAUGGAUCUCUUCUCAAAAAAAGAAAAAUCAAUGUUGCAGAGCACUUCAAAUAAAGUUAACAACUUCA